GAGGGGGGGGGCACGAGACGGGGGCGCGCGCACCUUUCCCUUCCCUUCUCUCCCCUCCCCUCCCCAAAUUAUUCCCCAUCAUUCCCUCAGUGGUGGCAGAGAGAGAGAGAGGGCUGAGCGGAGCGAGGAAAGGAAAGGGUUGUUUUCUUUCCCUACGCACAUUGGACGCAAGAAAGCCUCCGAAGGUCUCCUUUCCCUGCUGCACCGGCUCAGCGAAGAGGACGCUGCCGUUGGAGGGUGAGGCGAGACGAAGAAGGAGAGAGAGAGACGGAGAGGAGAGGAGAGGAGGCGAGCGAUGCCCGCUGCGUGACUGGACUGAGCGAGGAAGGAAGGGAGGCAAGAAAGCGGGCGAGAGCGAGGAGCCGCUUGCCGCCGCGGUGGUGAUGGGGGCCCGGCCAAGGACGCGGCGGCGGACGGAGGCCCCUCUGUGGUGGGGCCUGGGCUGCCUGGUGCUGCUGGGCGGCUGGAGGGCCCCGCUGGCCUCGGCCUCGGUCUGCCCCGCCCCGUGCGCCUGCAGCCCCGAGCGCAUCUGGUGCAGCGAGCCGGCGCCCAGCCUGCGCUCCUUCCCCGUGCUGGGCAAGCGGAGCGAGCGGGAGAAAAUCGCCGACAUUUAUAUUGCAAACCAGCGGCAGUUAGAAAGCAUAAAUGAAAUUGAUGUGGGACUGUACACUGGAUUAAAAAAUUUAACUGUUGUGGAUUCAGGCUUGAAAUUUGUUUCACGCCAGGCUUUUCUGAAGAACACCAACCUGCAGUACAUUAACUUGUCAAGAAAUAAGCUUUCAAGUUUGUCUCGGAAGUCUUUCCGGCAUCUGAAUUUGAGUGAUCUGAUUUUAGAAGGCAACCCAUUCAAGUGUUCAUGUGAUAUUAUGUGGAUCAAGGUGUUCCAGGAGUCCAAGAAUCCAAAAACAGAAACUCAGGAUUUUUACUGUAUGAAUGACAACAACCAGAGGAUAUCUCUGAUGGAGAAGCCAGUCCCAAACUGUGGCUUGCCUUCUGUCAAAUUGAGUACACAUAACUUUACUGUUGUUGAAGGAGGAAGCAUCACGUUGUAUUGUGAUGCUUCAGGAAGUCCACCACCAAGUAUAUCCUGGCUUUUCAAUAACAUUGCUUCAAAAUAUGAGAGUGAUACAAAUAAAAACCCAGCUUCUCUAACCAUAAAGAACGUCUUCUCAAAUGACAGUGGUGUGCAGAUUUCUUGCGUAGCAGAAAACAGUGUGGGCGAAGACCAAGACUCUGUUGAUCUUGCAGUGUUCUUUCCGCCAAAUAUCACAUUUCUUGAAGUGCCAUAUCCGGACCACCACUGGUGUAUUCCCUUCAGUGUGAGAGGGAAUCCACAACCUACCCUGACAUGGCUGCAUGAUGGGGUUAAACUGAAUGAAACUGAUUUUAUCUUCACUAAAAUACAUGAUAGCAAUCGGUCUGAACAUCAUGGCUGCCUUCAUCUGGACAACCCCACUCAUGUGAACAAUGGAAAUUAUACCUUGGUGGCACAAAAUCCAUAUGGAAAAGAUGAAGCCAACAUUACUGCUUAUUUCAUGGAAGAUCCUGGAGAGCAGUACGCGGAAUGCUGGUCCUCAAGCUCAGAUGAGACAGAACUUACAGGUAGUCCCUUCUAUGAUCAUGCAGGUUAUAGUGACGAUUAUGGAACGACAACAAAUGAUUUUGAAGACACAACAAAUAAUAGUAAUCCAGUUACUUCUACGGAUGUUUCAAAUAAAGACAAUGAAGAUAGCAUUACUGUGUAUGUUGUAGUGGGGAUUGCAGCAUUAGUGUGCACUGGUUUAGUAAUUAUGCUCAUUAUUCUCAAGUUUGGAAGGCACUCAAAGUUUGGAAUGAAAGUUGAAUUAAAACAAGUUGGUCUGGUAGAGCAAAUGUGGCUGUCAUUGCAAGACUACGAUAACGAAGGUCCUUCUUCAGUUAUCAGCAAUGACGACGACUCGGCAAGUCCUCUCCAUCACAUCUCCAAUGGAAGCAACACCCCGUCGUCUUCUGAGGGUGGCCCCGAUGCUGUGAUUAUUGGCAUGACAAAGAUUCCUGUCAUUGAAAAUCCCCAGUAUUUUGGGAUCACAAACAGUCAGCUCAAGCCUGAUACAUUUGUCCAGCACAUCAAGCGACACAAUAUUGUUCUCAAAAGAGAGCUGGGAGAAGGAGCCUUCGGGAAAGUCUUCUUGGCAGAAUGUUACAAUUUGUGUCCUGAGCAAGACAAGAUCUUAGUUGCAGUGAAGACACUAAAAGAUGCAAGUGACAAUGCCCGCAAAGACUUUCACCGAGAGGCAGAACUACUGACCAACUUACAACAUGACCACAUUGUGAAGUUUUACGGAGUAUGCGUGGAGGGAGACCCCCUCAUCAUGGUCUUUGAGUACAUGAAGCAUGGGGACCUCAACAAAUUCCUGAGGGCACAUGGACCUGAUGCGGUUCUGAUGGCAGAAGGUAAUCUUUUGGCAGAGCUAACCCAAUCACAGAUGUUGCAUAUUGCCCAGCAGAUCGCGGCGGGCAUGGUUUACUUAGCCUCACAGCACUUUGUGCACCGUGACCUUGCCACUCGGAAUUGCCUGGUUGGUGAAAACCUGCUAGUGAAGAUUGGAGAUUUUGGGAUGUCCAGAGAUGUGUACAGCACAGAUUACUACAGGGUUGGUGGGCAUACCAUGCUCCCCAUUCGUUGGAUGCCUCCUGAAAGCAUCAUGUACAGAAAAUUCACCACAGAGAGUGAUGUCUGGAGUCUUGGAGUUGUCCUAUGGGAAAUCUUUACCUAUGGCAAACAACCAUGGUAUCAGCUAUCAAACAAUGAGGUGAUCGAGUGCAUUACUCAGGGCCGUGUCCUACAGCGACCUCGUACGUGCCCAAAGGAAGUCUAUGAUCUGAUGUUGGGGUGCUGGCAGCGGGAGCCUCACAUGAGGCUUAACAUCAAAGAAAUCCACUCCCUCCUCCAGAACUUGGCCAAGGCCUCCCCAGUCUACCUGGAUAUCCUAGGAUAGAAACUCUCAGCAUUUCCUCUGAUGGAGUGCGUGAAUGAAUGUGUUCAGUUGCCACUAAACUCCAUUACAAUGUGUUCUUAACUCCAACAGUAUUAAAUACAAAGAUAUGGAGAAGCUUUCAAAGGGCAAGUUGUGUGCAUUUCUCCCUCUGUAGACAGAGUGUUGACUUUGUGACAUUACUGACAUGUCUCUCUUCUCUCCUCCGUUCUUUGUUUCUCUGUUCCCCCACCCCUCGAUUUCGAUUCAAUCAGGCUUCUGCAUUACUAUAACUCUGCAUAGACAAAAGGCCUUAACAACCUGACCUGUUAUUUCAAAAGACCAUCACAACUAACAAUGCCUUGUUGUAUUCAUGCCUUUGAUCUGGAUCAAAAAGGGAAAACCUGACUCGAACCUGGUGACUUUUACUGCACGGAUAUCUGGAGCUUCUAUGGAUUCAUUUCUACUUCAUUUGCUUUGGCAUCCUGGUGGAACAUGGAAGACCGGCAUUGCCUAAAGGAAUUUUUCUUUUCAAGCUGAGAUCAAGUCAGAAGGACCGCGAUCUGCAUACAGAGUAAUCUACUCUAUGGAAAAACUAAAGGAACAGAUUGUAUACAGCAUACCAUUUGAAAAUAUAAUGUAAUCAUUGGGUGAAAGGAAAGGAAUUCCAAACUUUUCCCUGUGAGAUAGUCAGAGAAGAGUAAAAGGAUUCUGAAGUGUGCUACCAUAUUUUGCAUUGAGGAAUGCUUCAAUAUGGUCUGUUGUGUAAGAGUAAAACAUGUUGCCUCCAUUUCCCUGAAACUGCAUAGCCAAUGCUCAUCUAGGCAAGAAUCCCCCUUCUGAUCGUACUAUAGAGAUUUCUGAUACUACAGGUAUAACUGUUCCACAGCUAGUCUUUGACUGUGUAGGUGAGAGCUGGAGCUUAAUAACAUACAGUUUAAUCUCCAUGGCCAUUUCCUAAAAUAUGAAGCCUUUGCUACAAUGGGACAAGAGGUAGAUAAUAUGGAAGAAGCUUAUUUUAUAUGUUGCUGUUUCGACGGCACGCUCCUUACCUGACCUAUUCUUCUUUCCCUUUUUACUCCUUCCCCAUACAAACCAGGCCCAGCAUGGUCCCUGUCAAUGAAUAUGUGCUGAAAAGAGUUGCUCAUUUCAUUGCACAUCCAAACAGGCAUAGCCCAUUUAGGAAGGAAAACGUGUAUUUAGUGGUAGGAUGCUGCAUUCAAACAUCUGUAGAUUGUUACAGGUGCAAUAGGCUGGUAUACCAAUAUUGAAGAUUGUAUUUCUAGUGUGCAAAAGAAAUGGUUCCAGGAAAACGCUAGAGGGGAAAAAGCAGGAUUGUCAGUGUGAAGAAGAUAUGGAGCUCAGAACACGUUUCUGGCAGAUCAAGAGGUUGUAUUGUGGGAAUUAUAUAAUUUUAUCCAUUGGUUUCAGAUUGAUAGGCAUUGUAUGUAUAUGGGGUGGCUGUUGGGCUGAAGAUGGCAGGCUUAUGACCAAUAUUUAUGGGAAGUUUAGGAAUCUACAUGUCAGGUUAUUAUUAUUUUUUAUCAUGGAUUCUUAUGAUGAGAAAAAAAGCGACGCUGCUUUCUCUGAGGAUGGAAGUGGCCUUGCCACAAAAAGGAACAUUUCAAAUCACACAAAUGGAGUCAUAAACGCACAGCUUGUCAAUGUUUUGUUAUUGCUAUUUUAUUUAAGAAGUUAAGCACUUAUUUUUAAGUGUUCUUAUGAUUGUUUAAUAUAUGUUUUGCUUGCAUUUCUUAUUUAUUAAGGCGCUUUCUUUCCUUCAGCCGUUUGGAAAGAUAAUGAUCUUUUCUUUUGCAAAAUCUAAAUGAAAAUAGCAAAUGUUUAAUAGUGAUGAAGUUGGACUCUCGUAUGUCAUAGACAAAAGUUGGUGAAUGAAGCAUUUAACAAUGUAACUCUAAAGCCAUAUCUCUAUAUAUCUAUACAUCUAUGUUAGGUCCUAAAUAAGAUUUGAACAGAAUUUUUUAAACAGUGAGGAGUAUUAAUAUAACAUGGACUUUGAAAAUUAUUUCAGUGAUGGCUGAAGAAGUAACAUAGAAAGGGGAAAAAGUGGACCAUUUAGUUUAAUCCUAUUUCUCUAUAAGGAUUUGUAUCAUUCUAAUUCAUUUCCAAUAUGUGACAAGUAUGAGAAAUAAAACCUGAGAUAGCAGAGACUACUAAAAGGCACAUCUGUCAAGAUAUUAUGUUCCAUUUCAAUUUCAGUUGCUUCCACAAUAGUGAGGCUAAAGUACAUUGUUUUCUGUAACUAGCUGAAAAAGUGGAAUUCAAGCGGAGUUUCCUCCCAGCACAAAUAUAAGGUAUUAUUAUGUUACCUGCACUGUUCUCUCCACAUUCCAUUGGUAUCUUUGAUGUUUCAUCAUAUAUAAAUACUGUUCAGGAAAGUUUGUAUUUGUGUUCAGGAAAGUUUUUUUUAUGUUUUUUCAGUUUCCUAGCCUCAGCAAAUGUGGACGGCUGACUGUAGUUUCCUUUGCCUUACUUUUUUUCCUUUGGCUUUGAUAGUAAAAGAAUAGAAUUUCAUUAUUUGAAAUCUAAAGAAAAAUAAAGCAUGAGAACUAGUUAUCAAAAAUAGAAAUGAAUAUUGGGAUAAUGAAGAAACCGUUCAUCAUAAUCUUCUUGCCAUAGUUAACAGGAGGCCAGAAAAGGCGCAGGACCAGCCAUUUCAAACGUUAAUUAAAGGUAUAGUAAGAAUAUUUAAGGAAGAUCCACUCCAGUAGCAGUUUGACUUUUCCUUACUGGACAAAUUGAUAUUCCACUUCCACUUUAUGGGAGUAGGGGAUUGCUAUAAAUCAAGUCUGAAAUGGGAUAACAAUACAUAACAGAGCAACCAAGAAUUUGGCAACAUCUUGAUAUUUUUUAUUACAAAGUGAGUGAACCAAAAGACUACAGUUCCAUGGAAAGGGAUUAGAACAGAAGCAAACAUGAUUAUAAUGUAAAGACUACUAAUUUUCUUCUAUUAUGAUUUCAGCCUGAAAAUAACCAUAUAUAUAUAUUUUUAUGACUGCUGAAGGCUUGUAUACCAAAACAAAUGUAAAAUUUGACCAGAUGGUAUCUCUUUUUUACUUACUGGAAAAGCAUAAUAGAAUAAUUUAAAAUACUCUAUCAUAAUAUAGUGUGCAGUAGCAUAACCAUAUCUCUGUGUUAAAGGAUCAGAUAUUCUAUACAGUUUUCUGUAACGUUUGGUUGAAAUGUGCCCCACUGUUGUCGUAGGAAAGGUGUAAAUUAACUAAAGCUAAACCAACAUUUGAAGGGAUUCACUGAAACACAUUUAAGUAUAGUAAACUGGGACGAAAACAAGAAAAAGUAAUAUAUGAUAAAAGGAAAUAAUCCACUGUGUCCAUUAUCAUGCCUGUAACUUCUGCUAACCUCUACACGGAGCAAAUAUGACAAUCAGGUCCCAUUUAUAAAGAGACAACCUUUAUUGACUAUGCUACAAACACACACAUACACACACACUGCAUACAUAUGUGUGGAUGGGCGUGUUUACAUAAAUUUGUGUAUAAUAGCCGCAGUAGGUACAUACCUGUAUAUGUGUUUUAUAAAUAUUUCAUUUAUGCAUAUGCAGACAUAUGUUAUUGUGUGUAUAUGUAUAAAUGUUUGUACACUGCACAUAUAUUCUUACUGGAGAUGUAUAGAAGACUGUAAGAUCAAUAGGUUGAUAUAGAGUAAGCUAAGUAACCAAAAUCCAUUUAUUUUUAAUUUUUUUCCUUAGGGUUGCUUUUUAAAUAAUGUAUAUGUUCCCUUUUCCUAUAUAUUGGAGAUUAGUACUUAACAUGCAUGAAGUUCUGCAUAACUGGAGAAUAUGUAAAAAAUAGAUGGCCUAAAUCCAAUUGCUAGCCUCAGCCAACUAGGGCAGGCUGAGCUAAAGAGAUUUUGAUAAAUAAGCACUUACAUAUAUUCUAUCUAGUUGAGAUUUAGGUCAUAUUGUUUACCAAGGUUGGAAUCCUAAAUCCAUAUACCUGGGAGUAAGUACCAUUGUAAGCUACGCAGUUAACCUUUAAGUACACAUUUGUCGGGUAAUGCACACAAACAGCUCCAACCUCUCUAUUCCACCUGUUGAUUGACUUCAAAUUAGUUUAAUCUUCUCCCUUGGGGCCAAAAGGUGAUUCAUUAUAACUGCAAAGCUACACACAUUUACCUAAAAUGUCUAAAUAUAUCUGAUUAGAUGUGUUGGAUUGGUAUUUAGCUUCAGUCUGUUUUGCAGUUUUUUUAAAAAAGGGAUAUAAAAAUCCUCACUCCUAUUGUGAUUUUUUUCACUUGUAGCAUUAGGUGAAUAUUUUUCCAAGAGCAAAAUGUACUCUUUGUUUACCCAGAUAAGGGAUAAAAUGGAUUCAGAAGCCAUUGGGAUUGAAUUUUUUUGAAUCUGAUUAAAAUUGUAGAUCUGCUGAAACUUAACCACUCAUAUGGAGUGUGGAAGGCUUGCAGAGUGUAAUGGCGACUAUUCCAAUAAGGGUACUGAAAAAAGGCUGAAAAAGUAUGACCUAGCUCAGAGAUAAUAACGAUAAACAUUUUUUUAUUAACUCAGACCUUAUCUUUUGGAGGAAUUUAGACUUUUGGGGUCAGAACUUCCUCUCUGGCAGUGUUGUCUAUGGGAUUCUGGGAAUCAUUUUUUAUUGUAAUCCUUUGUUCGUUUUUGAAAUAGUACUAAAUCAUUGCAAUAAAUAGUAUCCAUGGGAGAAGGUUACUUUCUGUACCCCUCUAGUGUCCAGAACUGCAAUUACUAUUGUUGCUGAGCCUCAUCCACUAAAACAAACACCAAAAAUUAUUAUUGUAUUUUACUCCUCACAUGGAGCACUUGCAGUAAAGCAGUAGGCUAGCUAUUUGGAUAUGUGUGUGUGUGUGUGUGUGUGUGUGUUGUAAAGCAAUGGAAUCAUAUAUUCAAUGCAGAAACUGACCAUUCUCCUUUAAGGGAGUAGUUUAUUCUGAAUUACGUUUUUCGAAAAUCACCCAGAAAUAAUUACAAUUCAGGAGCCAAUAGAGCCAAAGUAUAGUGUGAACCUCAUCCGGUGACCACAUUGACGUAUUUCUCAUCUCUGCUAAAGUUUAGUAACAUUAAGAGGGGGGUUAGAUUAGGUUACCAAUUACGUCCCUCUGAACCUCCGCUACCCAGAGCAAGCAGCCGUUUGUGACCCACAACAGAAACGUCCAUCUACAUGAGCCAAAAAAGUGGACUCAUCUUGCAGCUGCUGCAAGGGAUCCAUAUGAUGUACAGAUGGCUUAGUAUCAAAAGUUAAUCCAAAAUGGGGGGAACUAAAAUGUACUCUAGAGCUUCCAGGAAGCUCUGGAGAAAUCCGAGUGCUUUUGAGAUGUGGACAGCUGGAUCAGUGUCCACAUAUCCAACAGACCCAGCACUGUGUCACCAGCUAGAAGCAGCUCCUUGGCAGAUCCUUACUGGUGAUGUUGAUUCUGGCUGAGAGCCCAGUGAUGACCUCAUCAGAAAUUAUUACAUCACUAGCAAGGCUUUACGGGGGAGCUGAUUUUUGCCCAGCAAAACAGCAGCAGCGUUGGUGAUCCCAAUGAGUUCUUGGCCAGUUGGCUGUCUAAAAUAGCUCCGGGAAUGCUCCCACACAGCAUCCGAGGCAGCUUCAGAUAACAGUAUUCUAAAAUAUUUUGGUAAAUAUAAAGGAAAGCCUUGGAUUCCCAUUUUAUUCAUGCUAAUCUGGGGUUAAUCCUCUUUGAGUUUAACAGAGCUGCCAUCUUAAUAGAUAUGCAUAAGAUAGCACGUUGAAGCCAUCCAUACUUACUAAUGAUAAAGGUGGUUCUUAAUGCGGCCAGCACCAAGCUCUGGGCAUAGAAAGGUCAACUUUGCUCUUUGAAUAAAAUAGCAUGGGGUUUUUUUAGCGAUUACGUGUGACUGACAUGACUUUUACAGACCAAUCUGAAGUCAUGAAAUGGCCCAAUGACGGAACUGGACCAUUGGUUGACUAAGAUUGCCUUCAUAGGGGUUGUCCCACAGCCAGUGAACAAACAAGGAGGGAGUGAACAAACAAGGAGGGAGUUUGUCUAUUGGGGCUUGCUGCUAAAAUGUGAAGGUCUGACAGCACAAAAAGAUGUAUUUUUUCUUACCAGGCUAAGAUCUUGCUGCUCUGAUCCAAGGGAUCCUAUCCAGAGCCUUAGUCAACAUUCAUUUUAAUUUAAUUUUUAUACAUUUGUUGCAAAAGUGAAGCAAAAAAAAUGUAUGUUGCAGGGAAAACACUGUGAAUUUCACACAAGCAACAAAGUGACUAUUUUGCCAUCUUUUAACAUAUGUCUCAGGAGAAGAAUUGGGAAUUGGUAGUUAUAUGUUAUUUUUUACUGUCUAUGCAUUCAAAGCCAGGUCUAUGAUUUUGUUUGUUUGUUUGUUGUUUGUUUGUUGUUUGCUGGGAGAAGAUUUAAGGAGGGCAAUUGGCUAAAACAGUAGUAGAAGCAGCUGAGGGCUGUUUGUCAGAAAGAUAGAAGAGAACAAAAAUCAAACCUUUCCAGAGACCUACAUACAGCUUUUAGGAAUCUUUCUGUAAUAUAAAGUUAAAACCAAAAUGUUGAAUGAACAGCUAAGAAUGUUUUGUAAAUCAACAGUUAAGCCUAGUAUGGGUUUGAGUGUAUCACAAAUCAAUUUUAUUCAGAAAGCAUUCAUCCCAGUGCUAAGGACCACUUAUAGUAUUAUGUACAUAGGUAUAUGUAUAUAGAUAUGUUUCUAGAUCUUUCUAUAUAUUUCUCCUUCUCGGAUGUGAGGGAGAGAAAGAGGAAGAUUUAGAUAUCAAUAUGAAUAUCUAUAUUGUCACUCAGACUGUGACCUGGUGUUUGGAGCUCUCUUAAUUCCCCUACCUUUUAAUUUAUUUUUAUUUGAAUGUGGUGUCUCCGUACAGAUAUCUAGUGGUUCUUGUUUUGCACUUUGUUGUCAACAUUCAUUGCUUUAAAAGGAGAAAAAAAAGACCUAUUGCAUCUUGGCUGAAUUUGAAGUGAUGCCUGAGUAGCAAUGUCAAAAGUUUUGUCUGUGAAUCAUGUGACCAGCUUCUCUCAGCCUGACAUGGAAAGUCUCUUGUACUAAAGUGUAUUUAAUGAAAAUGAUGUCCAACAAUAAAUAACGUCAUCUUAAAAGCCA